GCUGGACGAGAUCUUCCGUGAACGCAGGAGGAUAAAMUUCYAAAAUGGCUAUCAACUGGGCUCCGGUAAAYAUUCCGCUUGAAAGGCGAUUUCAGACUUUAGCUGUGAUGUUGAUAGUUCAUUCGUUUUUGUUUGGUCAUAUAUUUGGGUGUCUACUGUUUCUUGUUUUACUUAUUUUUCCUAUCACUACCACCAUCGCGCUCCUCUACUUUGGAUGGACUUAUAUCUUGAAUUAUAAUCUUCCGAGUCGCGGAGGAAGGCUUGUGCAGUGGUGUCGUAAUCACAAAAUGUGGAAAUACUUCUGUGGCUUCUUUCCCAUCGAUUUGAUCAAGACAGCUGAUUUAGAUCCCAACGAUAACUAUAUCUUUGGUUAUCAUCCUCACGGUAUAAUGGGACUCGGAGCGAUUGGCAAUUUCUGUGGAAAUGGCACCGGGUUUUCGACAAAAUUCCCUGGAAUCACUCCUCACUUACUGACUCUUGCUGGUAAUUUGCGCUUCCCAGUAACAAGGGAUUAUAUCAUGUCAUUUGGUGUUUGUACUGUCGAAAAGAGCAGCAUUGAGUAUAUCUUGAAGAAGAAGGGAUCAGGUCAGGCUGUUGUAAUUGUAGUUGGAGGCGCUUCAGAAUCAUUGGACGCACAUCCUGGAAACUACAGAUUGACUCUGAAAAAUAGGAAAGGUUUUGUGAAAAUCGCACUACGAAACGGAGCUAAUUUAGUACCAGUUUAUUCAUUUGGAGAAAAUGAUUUAUACACUCAAGUUAAGAACCCCAGUGGAUCACAGCUACGUCAAUGGCAGACUAAAGUCAAGGAUAUUGUUGGCUUUGCACCUCCAAUCUUCCAUGGUCGUGGUAUAUUCCAAUAUACAUUUGGAAUAUUACCUCACAGAAGGCCUGUMAAUACUGUUGUCGGAGCUCCAAUAAAAGUCAACAAAGUGGAAAAUCCAAGUGAUGAACAAAUUGAUMAAUUUCAUCAACUAUAUCUCAAGGGUCUUGAGAAGGUUUUUGAAGACCAUAAGAUCAAGUAUGGUCUGUCGGAAGAUAUUCAUCUCGAAUUUGUUUAAUAAUUGUUUUGCAUAAAAAUUAAUAGUAUUUUCAAUAUUAUGUCAAAUUUUAACAAAGAUAAAAAACACACUUAUACACCAAAGAUGUUGAUAUUCUGACUAYGUAAGAGUUAUAAUGAUAUACAGGAAAAUAAAGAUUUUUAAUAUAGCC